AGUCCCGUGAUGUCAGCUAUCGCAGCAUAGUAUCGGAAUGAGCCCGAUUCUAUUUGCUCUUUAAAACUUACCCUUCGUGUCUUGUCAGUAAACAACGGAACUCCACGGUCGUCGGUUUAUAUUUCUUCAGCGGUAGGCGAGCGAUGUCGGACUUUAUCGCCUUUCUUUUAAGCGAGUGAAAGCGCUCACAUGACAUGUCGGGAUGCCAUUCAGUUAGCAGGUUGGUGCGCUACACAAGCUAGUAGGCUACAUUCGGCUACAUUCCACUGCUCGCUCAUGACGGGAGUCAUGUCUCGCUUUGUGUUGGAGAAGCUAUCUGACUUUGGGGAUUACGCCAAGAAAAAUGAGCUGCAUGAGAGUUUAAAUUCGACCAACGUUCGCCUGAGCCCUGAUGGACGUCACGUUCAUGUCAUCCUCAGCCACCCGAAGCUCAGUCUUGUGACUGUGGACAAGUAUGAAAGACCUCAGCUGGUCCAGAAUCCGAGGACACUGGACUUGUGUUCAACAAGAGGUGUCCCUAUUGUGGAUAUUAUAUAUUUGGAUAAUAAUGACAGCAGUAGCAAAAGGGACUUUGUGUCUGCUGCUGUGGUUUACAAAAAUGGAAGAACUGAGUUUUGGAAAUUCCAGGAGUGCAAAGGCGGCUGGAGUCUCCUGCAGACAUCCGACUUGUGCAACAGUCCCCGGGCUAAUGUGGUGUCUGUGUGCGCUUGUUCUAAUCUUAUCAUCUGGUGUGAGGAGCGGCCACCCUCGGAAAGCUCCCCUGUUCUCAGCUCUGCCAGGAGUAAGUUGAGGUACUGUGUUUGCAGGCGGGACUAUGAGCUGGAGGAGGGGGCUGUCAUUUUAGGAGGGGUGAAAAUCGCCCUCCACAACAACCCUAAGUUCACCGUGAUCAGCUCUGGGCAAUAUGUGCACCUCCUCCCUGCGUCUCCUCUGAUCAAAUUCUUCCUCUCAUGGUGCCCCCGCCGGGACUCUUUCAGGGUCGGCACCACAUGUAAAGCCACUCCUUUAAAAAAGCUCGAUACAAAGGAGUCGGACUUAAGGAAGUUGAUCACAGACUGCUUAGGGUAUGUGUCUUCACUCAACCCACCUGAGAUCUGUGAUGUGUCUCCUUCUGCUUGUGGAGGUUUGCUGCUGCUUCUCGACACGGGCUGGGUGUGCCUCCUGCAGAACGACGGGUUGCUACGACGCAUUUACAAGCUAGCAGACAACUGCCCUGUUAAAUAUGUUUCACACACGAGCUUCUGCACAUUUGAUGAUACGUUGGUGCUUCUUGUGGGUCAAAAGCUGCAUCUGAUAGACAUGAAAUGUGGUAGAGAGCUGGAAACUGUCAUACUAAAGACCGAGGGGGUUUUGUUUGUUAAACAGGCUAAUGGAUCACCUCACCUGUUCUCAGAAACUGCACUUCAUAAAGUAGUGCAACAAGAAAUGGACACUAGAGACCUAAAAAUGAAGUCUACAAUGGAGAACAUCUGCCCUGGAGCACUUCUGGCGGAAGCGGUGUUUGAGGAGGCGUGUAAAUACUACCAGCAGAGGAGCUUGAGUAGCACUCAGCUCACAGUGGACGCUCUAAAGAAAGAAGGCAGGUUCCAGGCUCCUAUUUCUUUAGCGUCCAUUCUCAGGGACUACCUCAGUUCAGGACCCAAGCAAAAAGCAUCAGAGCUAAUCCAGAAUGGAGGAUGCACCGUGGGAAAAGAUAAGCUGAAAGUGUCCCUGGAGCCCGAACUGAAGGCUCUAGUCGCUGUGGAGGAGCUAAAGGGGACUUUGGUGAGGGGGGGUGUGAAAGACGUGGAGGCUCUUUGUGAGAGUCUGAUGGAGAAAGAAAUAGCCAGGCUGCUAUCGAACUGUGAGCUGGAUCACAACGACCUGGUCUACCUCAACUCCAUCUUCAGCGUUUUCCCCUGCCAGGCAUGGAGGGCGGCUCAAGCUGCUCUCCAGUUACACUACAACGGGGAAGCGUCUCUGUCCAGCCGGGCCCCUCCAGAUGUGUGGAAAAGCGUCCUGAGUCCGACUCCGAGCUUCCCAGGUUCCCUCACAUUAGCAAACGGGGGCUCGCAACACAGGCACAGUCCAGCCAAAGCGGAUCACAAUGCAAACUGUACAUCCAAAUCCACCAGCGCCACUUCUUCACCCAUGCCCAUCUUUGAGCUUCUUUGCCAUUCGGUUUUACGUUUCCAGCCCACUUGGCUACCCGGGUUCUUGGAGCUCGGCCAGCAGCAGCAAGGCUCGGCUGGGCUGGGCCUGAGCCUAGCGGCCUCCACCUGGAGUGAGAACAACAUGCCGCUCUACAAACGUGCACUGGCCGUCCUGUCAUCUGUUAGAAAAGACGGGGACCAGCACCAGGAACUGGAGGUGGAGUUGCUGAUGGUCAGCGGGCGGCCUAACGCCAUCCUCCAGGCGCUCAGGAUCCUGAUCGGGCAGCAGCAAUGGGAGCGGGUCACCCAAGUGGCCCAGAAGUUCUGCAAGCAAAGCCCACUACUCAAUAAGGAGAUUUUCACCACACUGCUAUGUGAGGUGACCCAGCACCGAGACUUGGACCCCUACUUGGACCUUCUGUGGGCCCUGUGCCCUGAGGACCUCACCGUCACCACCAUUCUGAACUUGGUGCUGAAAAACCUCCCGCUACCCAGCACCCCACAGUCCCCGUCAUCCCUUCCCAUGUCACUCACAUCCAACCCCCACUCCUCCUCUACUCCUUUUGCUGACCCUCAGAGCGGUCAGCUGACCAUCGGGCUCCUGAAACCACUCCUGAGGAAAGUUCUCCAGAGGGAAACCAAACCUAGCCAGCGCUAUGCCGACAUCCUCCAGUCCCCGUCCUUCCCCCCUCCGGCACCGCCCCGCUUGCCCAUGGAACAAUCCAGAAAAAGCGUGGGCUCGCCUCCCUUUGCAGUCAUACCUGACUCUUCUUCUACCUGCUGAGUUUUAAUGUCACAUGACUACUGGAACUUAACAAUAAUAACUACUGACAAUGUUAGCCGUGUACAUUUUUGCCUCUAAUUUUAACUUGUACAUAACAACGCCCCUGUGAAGUUAUUUAUCUCCUAAGUGUUAUACGCAUGUGGAUGUUAUUAGCUUGCUGCAGCCAGUAUUGAAAGUAGCUUCACGUCACUAACAUGUCAAAAUGAACACAAGUGUCUUUUAAAAAUAUAUCUGACAAGAGACUAUUUAUUUUUCUUUAUUUAGGUUUGCUUAUGUAUUCAGUGAUGUGAUGCCCCAUUUCCUCCAUUUGGUAUUGUUACUGUGCCUCUUCCUAAAAUAGCCUUAUGAUGAAGGGGUACGCCUUGUGAUGGGCAUUCAUCUAAAUCCCCAACAUUAGUACAUUUAAGUAAUACAUUAGCUAAUUAUUAGCUGUAGUAUUAAUUCAUAUAUAUUAUAAGGAUGUGGCUCAAUUUCCAAUGGCCUAAGUCAUGUUUUCCUACCACUGCAAAUUACUUGAGACAGAAGUACCAGCGCCCUCUGCUGGUGGUGGUUAAUUAGUGCACUUUAUUUGAUAGGUUGAAGUAUAUUUUUUGGGAAAUACAAAUAUGUUUUUAAAAAUUUUAAUUCAUUCUUUGAAUAAUUGAAUUAUAAUCAUAACAAUAAUAUGGGCUACUGUUGCGGCUAAAACUCACCGCUGAACCCCAACGUUACUUCCUGUCCACAUAUUUUUUUUACUGCUUGCUUUCUGUGAUUCUGUCUAUUAUAUUGAGUAAUAUGAAUGUAAAUGUGACAAUACGCGUGUCACUUCAUGUUUAGAGGGCUCUAAUAAUGUUUAAAAAAGCAUACUUAGAAGAUUGUAAAAAGGUUUUGUGUGCUAUAACUAUGGAAUUAUUCCAUUUAUAAAUAAGGAUUCAUACUUUGCGUAUUAAGUAUGAUUCACCUCAAUCAGUAUUUUUUUCCUAUCAUUUUAAAGUGCCUGUUUUGUUUUUUUAUUGGGUCCAAAUUGCAGUUUGACAAUCCUCUAACUGACCCAAGUGACAUAUUUUAGAAGCCAAAGCAGAUGAUGACAUUGUAGUCUCUAAUGCUGCGUUUAAUGAGCAAAGGAAAAACAGUUUUCAAUACAAUUGUUUCAGUUGAAUGAUUGUCCUUUCUGCUGUUAUGUCGCUUCAACAAUGCUCAGUGUCGCUGUGAAUGUCUUGCUUGUUGCUAAGUUGUAUUAAAGAGGUUAAAUAUUAAUUUUCCCUGACAAAGGUUUCACAGUUAUGUUUUGUAAAAACAAGACAUGAACGUGUGCCGGUAUUUAUGAGUGGAUGUGAAUGCUAUAAAAAUGUGAUGAAACUUAUAACAGUGUGACUUUUGUGGAUUCUGAGAGUGGCAAUUGAGCAUUAGAAUAUGUGUUAUCACUCCUACAGCCAAUAGGCAGGUUUCACAUAAAGAUGUGAGAAUCACAGCAGUGGUUCAAAUGUAGACCCAGGGAGUGUGCUAGUAAUACUAAUACUUUGUUUGACAGUGCAUAAAAAU